AUUCACAGCCAAUCGGAAACGUUUCCUCGACAAUCAACUAGCAACGCGCUGUUUUGUGUUUUCGGGUAUUAGCUGAUUAGCUCGACUGGAGAAGCCGAACUGUAAUCUCGUUGGUCUGGUUUGGGUUUCAAUAUCAGUUAUUUAUUGCCAAACUGCAAAAAUGAGCCUGUCUCUAAGGACUGACCUAACUGUUGAUAAGAAUAAAAGGAAGAAGAGGAGAGAACUUACUGAGGAGCAGAAGGAUGAAAUCAAGGAAGCGUUCGAGCUCUUCGACACAGACAAGGAUAAAGAAAUUGAUUAUCACGAAUUAAAGGUGGCGAUGAGAGCUCUGGGUUUUGAGGUGAAGAAAGUAGACGUGUUAAAGAUCCUGAAGGACUAUGACAGAGAAGGAACUGGGAAAAUAACUUUGGAAGAUUUCAAAGAAGUGGUGACGGACAUGAUAUUGGAGCGAGACCCAAAAGAGGAAAUUCUGAAGGCGUUUAAACUUUUCGAUGAUGAUGAAACGGGAAAGAUAAGCCUGAGAAACCUGCGGCGUGUCGCUCGUGAACUGGGCGAAGACAUGAGUGACGAAGACCUGCGAGCCAUGAUUGAUGAAUUUGACACGGAUGGGGACGGAGAGAUUAAUCAAGAGGAGUUCAUCUCCAUCAUGACCGGCGACUCGUGAGCAGCUGUGACUCAAA